AUGUAUUUUGGCGUUUGCCACUUGAGCGUGAUUGUUCAACCUCCAAAUUUCACAAUCUCUUUGGGGAUUCAGCCAAGAUUCAGCGAGUUACACAGAUAUGCAAGAAUCGGUGGUGGAGUAGAGUGGAAGUUCAAACGAUUUUACGGCAACACAGCUGAAGAAAAUGCUCAGAGCGAGAAACCUGUGCAACGUAGACGUGAAGCAAGAGCUAAUCGCCAGACUGACGACGAACGAUCCAACAGGAUCGUGGAUGCAUGGAAGCUCGAAUUCUUCUUCGUCGGAAGAAGUGAACGAUAUCCGGGUUGUGAAUAUUUUAUUGAAGAAAAGGGCGGAGAUCGCGGUCAAAAGAGUGCUGCAAGGUCCAGGGUUAAAGUUCGCGGCAAAAUACUUUGGACCGUACGAGAUAUUGAAACUGUUGAAACGAUAUUGUCGCAAAAUUUAGUGAACGUAGCGAAGGACCAUAGUGAACGUCCACAGCAGUAG